AUGGCGAUGUACAACAUGGGCAACAUGGGCUUCCACGAUGCGAAGCUCGCUUGGGGCCACUGGGACUACGUGGAUCUCUCCCACUUUGCGAGCAUCCCACCCGGUGCUACAGUGAGGACAUCCGCAGUCAUGUUUGUGAAGGAGUGCCGGGAGAAAGCUCCACCCCCGGGAAUCUUGGCGAGCGUGGCUUCAUUUGCCACGGGAAUUGCACUUCACAGGAUGUAUCAUCAUCAGAAGCGGUCAGAGAAGGUACCCAUUCCCAAACUUGUAGAGCUUCCAAAGCACAAGGCAUGCCGUGAAGUCCAACAGCCACGCAGCUGGAUCUUGCCAUUGGUGCUGAAGUGUUCGGGUGCAGCUGUGUUGGUCAUGGCUGCUUCGCGCAAGGUGCGCAAGCGCAUGUGGAAGGGCGCACGGCUGCUCGACUUGAAAGAGAGUCAGGUGUCCAGAGCCUCUUCCACUCCGGAGGAUGGUGCGUCCCCUGUUCCGUUGCAGGAUGCCAUCGACUCGGUAGCCGGAAGUGUGUGGAGCAGAACGGGUGGCAUGCCUCCUCCCCAUUUCCCUUCCGAGAGCAUUGCCCCACCGCGGACUCAACAGCUCCCAACGUGUAUACCAUGGACAAGCGAAGACCAAGUGGAGGAUGCAAAGCCACCCAAGCCUGAGGCCGCUUUACCAACAGAGCAGAGCAAAGCGAUGCCGAAGGCACCACUUACACCAGUUCAAGGCAAGGGUCCAGCGCCCCAGGGUAAGGGCAAAGGCGGCAAAGGAAAUGAGAUGCCGCCACCACCGCCAACGCCCAAGGGAGCCGGCUCCAGAUACAAGGUGUCAGGCCAAACAUGGUUUGAGCAACAACAAGCCCAGGGCAAGAUGUGUGGAGUUGCAACUCAUGAGGAGUUUGGACCAAUAAAGACCGGGAAGCUGCAGCAAGCCAACCAGCUCCUGCUGGAUACAAAUCCCUCAAAUCCAUCAAAGGCUUCCUUGGUGCCAUUCAGCGCUCCGGGACACGAGGGGAGCACUAUGAGCACUCCAAAGCCAGCGGUGGAAGCUGCUGCAGAAAGUGGCAAGAGCACCACGCCGGCCCAGCCGUGCCAAAGCGUUCAACCAACACAUGAGGCUGGCAAAUCUCAGGAGCUCCGCAGGCAAACAUCCUCUUCAUCUGAGGGGCAUGCCUUCUCGGACGUGUCUUCCGUGAGCGCAGGGGCAGAGCCCAAGAAGCUGAAGUUCCCUGUCAUGAACUUUGUCAGUGUCCACUAUCAAGCGAACGAGGCGAACAAUUCACCUCUGCCCUCUUGUGUUCCAACCCGCCCGUCUUCUCCCACUUCAAACAAGAUUCAUUGCGGACUCGCGUCAGCAUACAACAUUGGAGAACGGCCCAAUUCGAGAUCGCCAUCGCAAAGCCCUCGGAAGGUGGAGGAGUUGCCAUCCGAGAGGUCUGGCAGGUCGCUUCCACGUGCAUCGUGCGGAGGCCAGCGCCCCUCAUCGCAAGUGUCACAAUCCACCACCGCACCUCCCAGAAGCAAGUCACCGAGGUCAAGGUCGCCAACUAGAGACCGGGCUGCUCAGAUGGCUCACACACCGACAUGGGGCCGAGGGAGCAGUGGUUCAGCUGACAGUCAACAAGAAGUUCUCUCUCUAUCUCUUUCGUACAGUGGUCAAAGCUGCGCAACUUCACGAUCUGCAUCCCCAGCUCCCAACAGGGCGGUUUCUCCUCGUAGAGAUGACAAGUCCUCGUUCUCCUCAAGCAGCGCAUCUUCCGCUGCAGCUACACCACGUCGGCACUCCGCUAGAUCAAGGGAACCGUCGGCUGGUUCCCACGGUGGUCAUGUUGGCAGCGACUUCUUGCCCGACAUCUCGAGUGACGUGCACGCUGAAGGCGAAGAAUCGACUUCCGGAGCACACGCAAGGCCUAGGACAGAUGACCUGUGUGAAUUUCACGUGCUUCAUGACGAAGCCGGUCAGGCAUCCGGGCAAAGCGGCUUCGAACAGGUGCUCUGGAGACUGGGUGUGCGCAGGGCCCCCGAACAGGAACGGCAGGUGACCGAAUGA